CAUAACGUCAUUGGGUAAGCAUCAACAUGGAGGACAUCGUAGCCGUGGAGAAGAGUCCGGUAUGAAUCAGUGAGAUCGUUCCGUGUUGUACAUUCAUAUUCGAUUAACUUUCUGUGGUAGGCUUUUUGUAAAUCCAUAUUUUUAGUGUUGCCGUGUGAGGUUGUUCGUCGAAUAAUUAUUGAUUAGUUUGCUCCUUUGCUCUGUUGAAACCUGCCUAUUCAUGCUCUGCCCUGUGCAGUUGCUAUGUCAUCCCAGUUAGCUAGCUGUUAGCCUUAGCAUAACAAGAUGUUAAAAAAACAUCACAAAGAUACGGUUUCUUUCUUAUCUUUGAUGGACAUAUCAAGAGUUUUACAUGACUUUUGUGCUGUUGUCACCUUUACAGGAAGAUAUGCCGGCGGUACUGACUUCCAGACCCCAGACGGGUCUUUCUUUCUUGGCCCCAGAACCAGAAGAUCUGGAGGAUCUUUACAGCAGAUACAAGGUUUGUGACUUUCUCAUGAAUUUGAGUUGAAACAUUAACAUUUUUAAACUUUAUUUGGCAGUGAUUAUGCAUAUUUAAGUCUAAUCAUUCUUGAAAAGAUUGUAGAAUAUAUAAAAAAAACAUUGAUUAAAUAGAGAUCAAAAUUGAGGCGUGGGUUCAAACACCUAUUAUAACACUGAUAAAGGGAUAUUCCGGCGUAAAAUUAAUUUACAGGGGUGCCACAGGCUCAUGUUGAGGUCUGUCUGUCUGUCUGUAUCCAUGGUCGCAGUCAGUAACUUUGUUGUUAAAAAUGAGUUUUAAGAUGCGAUUUGAAAGUAGGGGGGAUGUUUUAAUCUCAAGUGGCAAUUCAUUCCAUAAUUUGGGAGCCACAGCCGAGAAAUCUCGGUCACCACAGGUUUUUAAACGAGUCUUUGGAACCACAAGUUGGAGAUAUACUGUGGUGCUGAUCCAUUUAAAGAAUUAAAAACAAACAAUAAAAUUUUAAAAUGAAAAUUUUCAGUGGGUUCUACUUAAAUUCACACAGAGCCAACUCAGAGUGAAAAACUGAACUGGAAACAGGUUUUGGGUGACUAAGGCCUAAUGAUGCUCGUGUGGAGUUAAAGCUAGUGGGCGUAGUUUGAUCCAACAUAAUAGUUACAGUAGCUCACUGCUGGUUCUGAUAGUUAGGCUGCUGAUAGUAAGGCUGUAACUCUGACUUCAGGAGAGGAUCUGAGACGGAACAACGUCACUCCACCUUCGUUUACACUUCUGUGUAAAUGGUAGCAUGUUAUUGUAAAUGUUUCAGCUGAUUUUAUAUGGAACACCUUCUGUUAUUUUGUGUUUGUAGAAGCUGCAGCAAGAGCUGGAGUUCCUUGAGGUGCAAGAGGAGUACAUUAAAGAUGAACAGAAAAAUUUGAAGAAAGAGUUCCUCCAUGCCCAGGAGGAGGUGAAGAGGAUACAGAGCAUCCCACUGGUCAUUGGCCAGUUCUUGGAAGCUGUUGACCAGAACACAGCAAUUGUUGGCUCCACCACAGGUAACAUUUAGCCAUGUUUGCAGAGCGUGCGGAGGAUGAAAUGCUCUGAAAAUGUGAAUCUUGACUAAAACGAACCUGUGAAUAUUUUAUGCAAACCAAGAUUGACCGUAUAGAUUAAAAAAAAACAGAUCAUACUAAGCAGGCUAUUGACCUGUUUGAAUACAUGGGUCUCUGUUCCCAUUUAUUCAUUUUUUUCCGAAGCAGCUGUUCUGAUAAACAGAGACUGAGAGGCGGUGUACCACUGUAGAGAACAUUUUUAUGGCUUCAUAUAAGUUUAGGACACUCUAUGUUUGAACCUGGUCAAGGAUGGUCCUCGAGGUUUUAGAAGGGCACAGGUGAGGUGUUACCUGUCUUGUGAUCUGCGCUAAAAACAAUACUAUAGGAUGCACUGUUCUCUUGGUAUUUUAUCCACGCUGGUCGCUGGUCACAACUUCAUACACUGAGAAUAUAUUUUGCACUGAUAUCUUUUGUUCUUUUCUAGCAUUAAAACUAUGAGAGUAUAUGUAUAGAAUAUACAGCAUGCAUUAAAAAAUACAAAACUACUGCCUGUAAAAAUAAAUAAAUGAGUGGGUAAAGCUGAGAAUUAAAAUUUGAUGAAACGUCAGAUGAUGCACAGUGGCUGUGUGUUUAAAUGCUUUACCAUGUAAUGUACUGUGUACAGUCAAGUUUGAAUUAUUCAGUAUGUGGUUCAUGUUUUAAAUGUGUAAUGAGUUCAGUUCUUGUGUUCUUUCUUCUCAGGGUCCAACUACUAUGUGCGCAUCUUGAGCACCAUUGACAGAGAGCUGCUGAAGCCCAACGCCUCUGUGGCCUUGCACAAGCACAGCAACGCUCUGGUGGAUGUUCUCCCUCCUGAAGCUGACAGCAGCAUUAUGAUGCUCACGUCAGGUACAACACUGAGUCUGCUGCCUCCCAGAGGGUUUCAGACAGUCUGAGGAGGAGCCUCUUAUAAAGAUAGAAGUAGACCUUGUUGUGUAUUAGUGUCACAGAUUAUUGUCUUCUUAGUUUGUAUGGAAGCCCAGAGUUUCACCAAACAAUACAGUUCCUCAGCUUACAGAAGCUUUUUUAAAGUAAUUCACAAGACUGAAGAUCCAGUAAAAAGUUAAAUCAUGUUUCAAGUGCAAGUCUGUGAUAAUUGUCUUUUUUUUCUUCCUUUCUUUCUCCUCUCAGACCAAAAGCCUGAUGUGAUGUACGCUGACAUCGGUGGUAUGGAUAUUCAGAAGCAGGAAGUCCGAGAAGCUGUGGAGCUUCCACUCACACACUUUGAGCUUUACAAACAGGUGAGACAUUUCAGAGAGAUUAAAUAAUUUUACAUCAAAACAAAGAUCUUUCUGUUUCUCUCUCUUAAAAAUACAGAACCCCCUAGCUGUAGAUGCUUAACGCUGGUCUAUUACUUUUCCUAGAUUGGCAUCGACCCACCCAGGGGUGUCCUGAUGUACGGACCUCCGGGUUGUGGGAAGACCAUGUUGGCCAAGGCCGUGGCACACCACACUACAGGUAAGAUCGUCAUGUCAGAGACUACAGAGUAUGUGUGCUGUGAUUUGAAACACCUUGAAAUUAGAGGACCUACAAAAGCAAAUGAUGUUUAAAUGUGUGUAACCACUGGAGGGGGUAAGUGUCAGACUAGAUGAGUAACAGCAUGCUGAAGUUAGUGUUAUGUGAAACUUAUUUAACAUCAAAUGUUCACAGUACCAAGUUCUGAUGCCUUUUACUGAUAAAAGUGAGCAGGGGAGGAAUUCUUUGACAUCAUAGACUGUAUAUACUAUGGACAAUUUGGUUCCGCCUCCUGCCAGUAUACGGAUUAAAGGGAGAGUCGCUGUGAUGAGGCUCGGCUCAAACAGUGUAUCCCCCGGGUGAGCUACACAAUCCUUGAACGGCAGUAAGUUGUAUCAAGUGUCAAUCAAAGAAAACAUGAACCCCCUAAUAACUUUAAAAAAUGGAGCUGCGCAGAAAAAAGAGGACUUGAGCACAAAACAGUCUUACAGUAACUACAUGUCAACAUUGCAAGCGGGGGGGAGGGGGGGUUAUGUUCUGUUUAAUAAAUUUCUAAAGUUUGUCCACAGCUCCAUAAGCUUUGCUGGUGGAGGCAGGAUUUAUGACCUAUACUGCAGCCCGUCAACAGAGGGUGCUGUUCUCAGAGUGGCUUCAACCAGCAAGGAGGCAGACGCUGUCCAUUCUAUAUACAGUCUAUAUUUGACGUGCACACAAACUCAGCUCAAGUAUCAGUUCAGAUGAGAGGAAUCAGUUUCUCCACUUGGGGCACCAAACCCUGCACAAACAGAGUUCCUCACAGGAUCUAUAGAUUAGAUUCAUUGCAACAGGAACAGCUGUGCAGCAUGAAGUUCGAAGUGUAAAUAUCUAGGAUGCAAAUAUACGGUGCAGCUGUAGAGAGUGUCUGUCAAUCCUGACGCAGAGCACUACAACAUGAUCAAAUUCAGAGUAAUUAUGAUGUGACUGAUUCAAAGAUAAUAAGAAAAAAAUCGACUAGACAAAGGUCUUUAUAACGGCCCAUGACAGCUAUGGUGUCUGCUAUUGUCUUCAAACAAGAGGUGAAAGCCAGCAGGACAUGAAAAAGCCUGCAAAGCUUUGCUCUUCGAUGUAGGAGGGUAGCAGCAACUACAGCCAAACCACGCUGCCAUUUUAGGAGAGUUAUGAGGUUAACCACAUUUGUUUUAUUUGACCAGCACGGCAUCUUUUUCCAGAAUGCAUUCAGCUUGUCGCCCAUCUCUCUGGUGAAACAUGUGGUCUACCCAAACUUUCGGUUUGAAAGCCUCCUUCAUGUUUGUUUUGCACAGUUACUAAGUUACUCUUCAAUACUCUGGUAUACAUCUUUGGCAAACAACAUCUAGCUACAUCCCUGGCAUGUGAUAACUUUAAAACAAAUAGCAAACAGGACCACUAGUAAUAAGAUGAGAACUUUUUUGUUGUAAAUUUUAAACCCUGAAAUCUCUGUGAGAAGAUAGAUUAAAAGACAGGAGGAUGAGGUGUUUGUCUGAGAGACUACCUUUACAUAUACAGAACAAGAGUCAAGAUGUAUCAGUCUGUACACAGAGAGCGCCAGAGCCAACACAGACUAAAAGUUCCCCAAAGUAGCAGUAAACUUGAAUAAACCCUCCCUCCAAAAAUUGGGUUGGUCCCUUUUCUAUAAAAAUCAUGAUGUAAAAUUAAUUGCAUUUUAAUGAUGGAUGAAUUUAAACACUGAUGCAUAUAGAUUUCAGUCAAACUGCAACCAUUCACAGCUGCAAUCGUGUGUGUCCAUGUAUUGACAUAAAUUGGUUAAUCUUUCCGUCCCUAAGGAGCACAAACAUUUAUGACAGCAUGACUGUGUCCUCUUACAGGCCUUUUCGGAUACAUUAUCAAUCUGCAGAAAAGUCUGCAGCUACGAACAGAACAUUUCUCCUUAUUUCUCAUAUCUGCAAAAACUAGUAUAGAUACUCCUUUAAUCAGAAAUGUGGUCAAUCAGGCACAGAGAUGUUAACAGAGACUUUUUACCUUUAUUUUGACAGUGCAAGAACAAUUCCAACUCUGUUAUUGAAAAAGUUGAUUGUUGUCACAUAAAACAGAUACUUUGUCUUGUCAAGGAUGAUUACUAAUGAUCAAGUGCGGUAAUUAAAAAGUAAGAACUCCUGUUCUACGUUUUUGUCUUCAGCGGCGUUCAUCCGUGUGGUGGGCUCUGAGUUUGUCCAGAAGUAUUUGGGUGAAGGUCCUCGUAUGGUGCGCGACGUCUUCAGGCUGGCAAAGGAAAAUGCUCCGGCCAUCAUUUUCAUCGAUGAGAUUGACGCCAUCGCCACAAAGCGUUUUGAUGCACAGACUGGAGGUACAAACAUGUCAUACUUGUAGUCUUUACAUACUGGAACAGCAACCUGCACAACACUAAAUUAAAACCUGAGAAGAGUUCUGGCAUUAUUUUAAGUCUUUUUUUUAAUGAUUUUUAUUAUUCGAGGCUAAAAUCUCAUUAGUUCAUCUCUUUAUUAGACCUGUUUUUCCCUAAUCAAAUCAAAGUGCAGUAAGAUUAUGAUAUAAACGUCUCCUCUGACCCUGUAUUUUCCCCCUGCAGCUGAUCGAGAGGUGCAGAGAAUCUUACUGGAGCUCCUAAAUCAGAUGGACGGCUUUGACCAGAAUGUUAAUGUCAAGGUGAGUCAAUUCCACCCGUGUAAGAAAGCUCUUAACUUCCCCCCUGUGACUGCGCUUUCUCUGUAUUUGCUGACUCGUGGUGCCGCUGAUGGAGUCUGAGCACCGUCAGCGUGACAUAACUGGCCAUUUAUUCGCUCUGCCAUUGUUGCCGUGCCUCAUGGCCUUUCAUUCGGCUUAGAGAGCACCCAAAAGGUUUAUGUUGUCAGUCUUCAAAACCUCAAAUGCACAUUUUGCCCCUGAGCUAAAUGCGAAUGCGGCGCACAGAGAGCUUUGGGUAUUUCAAGAGAGUGCAAGCUUAUUUCCAGGAACUAAGACUGCUCUGUGAAGAAUGAAUUUCCUGAGGGUUUUUCAUGCAGACGCUUCUUUGACAAAUCUCUUUUAAUGUACAACUGUGGCUUUGCAUGGUGUGUCUUGUUGCCCCGACUGUUUUACACAAAGCAAGUGCAACGCUUGCUGCUUUUUUCCUGUCAGACAUUUGUUUUCUAUCUGCAAACCUCUAAUUUCAGAGUGAAGGGUCGCAUUUUAGCCCAAACGUUUUUUAAUCGGCAACAUUUUUCACUUGAUGCCUUUCUGGCACGCACCUUUGUUUACUUUUGCAACCCUUUGGAGGUGAUCUUAAUUACAAGAACAUUAAACUGUAACACUCGUUUGAUAUUGAAUUAUAGCCUCAACAUUCAGUAAUUGAUUGAAAUCUACCGCAGCGAGGCCUAAACUUUCAGGCUGCCAACAACAAAAGGUUCCAAAACCCUUGGCUCGUAUCCCACAGGGCAUUCAGUCUGAGUUUGGCUCAGUUAUUCUGCCUUUAGUGAAACAGAAGCAUGUUUUUUUUUUAAGCGCCUCCGAUCAUGAUCUGUUUAUGGUUGACCGCUAUUCUCACGCAUUCUGUUGAAAUCCUCUGUAGGUGAUCAUGGCCACCAACAGAGCCGACACUCUGGACCCGGCUCUGCUGCGUCCUGGUCGUCUGGACCGAAAGAUUGAGUUCCCCCUGCCAGACCGCAGGCAGAAACGUCUCAUUUUCUCCACCAUUACCAGUAAAAUGAAUCUCUCUGAGGAGGUGGACCUGGAGGACUGUAUCCUUGUGAUGUAGUGACUGCAUGUCUACGCAGUACAACAUAAUGCACCUUCUAUACAUACAGGAAGUACAGCUAACAGUUUGUAUCAUUAAGAUCCUUGUUUCCACUGUAGGACAAAUCAGCAGGACUUAACAAGAUGAUUUGCUUUUGAUUAGUUUUGCUUCUUGUUGCUGCACGCAGAGGGUUCACUUGUCUGCUAUCUUUGUUGUGCAAGUGUUUUCUCCUUCAGGGUUGGUACUUUAUAGAUGAUGAAUCAAAAAGGCUCCACUCAGACUGCUCUAAGGGUCAUCUCCUUCCUCCAAGCCGUAUUACAGUCAUUCCAGGCGAUGCUUUGCAUGCAUUUUAAUUUUAGACUUGUAAGACUUCAUCGUGCUGUUUUGCUGUUCGGCGGAAGAGAUGGAGUUUAAAAGAGGAAGUUUUCCAAAAGUUUGGAAUGCUACAAAUGUUUUGUUACCAGUGUCAUCUCGUCCUGGGCGAUUUGGCAAAAAAAAUUAUCACGAUAUAUUUUGUCAUAUCGUCCGAUCUCGAUUAUUAUGACGAUUAUUUUUUAAAACUGCCAGUUUUAAAGUGUCUGUACUAAAAACUAAAGAAACUAGAGAUUAGUUUAACAUUUUAUUAAUGUAUAAAGUAAAUAACAAAGAAAAUUGAAUAAGAUACACUUAGAAAAAUAUAAAAAAAAACAUUUUAACUCAACAGUACAACAAAAGUAGACAAAUGCUAAUUAAUACAGUGAACUAGUUUACAGUCCUGAGUGUUUUUGCAGGAAUGUAAGACCCAAAAUAAACAGAUUUCUCCCUCAGGGAUAAUGAAGACGCCUUAAACUGUAAACAUUAGAUGAUGUAGUUGAUAUGACUGAUUGCUGCUUUGGUCUGGUGGCUGCACUGCUAGUUGUGGCGAAACUGCUAAUGCUACUCAUACUGUCAGCAAUGGCAGGCUGUGUAGACUCCGCUCACAUUUUCAUGCUUUCUGCGUAAUAACUCAGGAAGUACUUCUUCAAAUGAUUAAACAGAUCUGUUGUGUUACCUUACAUAUCGGCUUAAUUGCUCGACGUCACUUUGGAGAUACCCGAACCACCGCCACAAAACCACGUUGAAUAAUUUCUCAACAAUAACAUCUUCAGAGGAUGACUCAAAGCCACAGCUGACAUCUGUUUUGACGAUUUAUCUCGAACACAAUCAUAUAAUCGCCCAGUUCUAGUGUCAUCCAUGCAGUAGAGAGGUGCUCUUGUCUGAUGAAGCCAGUUUGAUCUUUUCUGAAAUGUAAAUCCACAAACUAAGAUAUUUCAAAGAUCUGGUGGAAAUAAGUUAAAUACCCCCUCUUUAGUUUAAAUCUUAAACUCAAAACAAAUGAACUCCCACACUAAUCUUUAAAGAAACAGACACCAACAUUGGGAACUUCACUCUGCUUUUUCUGUUUUUGUCCUAAUUCUUUGAUGCACAUUUGAGUUUUUCUCCAGACUGACUGCGCCUCCAUGUCGGACUUCCUGUUCCUUUUGUGUUACGCUGCGAGCUAAGACUCAUUUUCAUGUUCACCCCAUAAAUACGUCAUUGUUUAUCUUUUAUGAUGUGAAAAUGUAGCUAUGCAAACAACAAACAUGCAAAAAUAACCAAAUAUCUCAAAAGACAAACUGAUAACUGAAGAGUUGUUUUUCCAUCGUAAAGGAGUCUACAGCUUGAUUCUGCUGCAUCACUCAGAUAGUUUGUUAUAUCGGAGCUUAGGCACACAGAUGUUUUGCUUGUGCUUCACUUUGCUGAGUCCAGUCAACCUUAACUGAUGUGCAGAUGUGGCCAGACCAGACAAGAUCUCUGGAGCCGACAUAAACUCCAUCUGCCAAGAGGUGAGACGAGGCUUUAAUUAUCUGUUUGUUUAUACUUUACCCUUGGAGCAGGGAAAAUUAAGACAAAUGGAUAUGUAAAUAAUCUGUGCUUUGCAUAUUAAAUAACUAAGUGCUUGUUUUUCUUCCUCCGGCUGUUUGUGUUCCCCUCAGGCUGGCAUGUUGGCUGUGCGUGAGAACAGGUAUAUCGUCCUGGCCAAAGACUUCGAAAAAGCGUACAAGACCGUUAUCAAAAAGGACGAGCAGGAGCAUGAGUUCUACAAGUAAAGAGAAAAUAAAGCUGGAAAAUAGAGGUGUCGAGAUACUCAAGUUUAAUAUUGAUUUAUGUCAGCGUGUCUGUAUCCACAGUGUGUGUGUCUGUUAUGGAUUCCCUGUCCUUGACCGACAUUGAUUUUGGACUAAAUUAACUCAGUGCAGCACAGGGCCUCAUGUCAAGAUUAGCCCCGUGUCUCCAGCCUUGAGAAGACACACCACCACACAGUGAAGUGUUUUUUGUACAGACACGCUUCUGGUUCAUAAAAAUAUCUGGCCCUGACUGUAGCUAGAAUAGAACAUUUGUAUCUACGUGUACUCACGUCACAAGAUGUUACUUAAAACAAUCCAUUAAAGAUGUUUUCCAUAAAAAAUGAA